AUGAGGAGCAGGGCCCAAGCCCUGGGUACCGCAUGGAGCUGUCCAUCUUCUACGUGGUCUACUUCAUGGUCUUCCCCUUCUUCUUCGUCAACAUCUUUGUGGCCUUGAUCAUCAUCACCUUCCAGGAGCAGGGGGACAAGGUGAUGUCUGAAUGCAGCCUGGAGAAGAACGAGAGGGCUUGCAUCGACUUCGCCAUCAGCACCAAGCCCCUGAUGCGGUACAUGCCCCAGGACAAACAGUCAUUCCAGUACAAGACAUGGACAUUUGUGGUCUCGCCUCCCUUCGAGUACUUCAUCAUGGCCAUGAUCGCCCUCAACACAGUGGUGCUAAUGAUGAAGUUCUAUGACGCACCAUAUGAAUAUGAGCUAAUGUUGAAGUGCCUGAACAUUGUGUUCACAUCCAUGUUCUCCAUGGAAUGCGUGCUGAAGAUCAUCGCUUUUGGGGUGCUGAACUAUUUCAGAGAUGCCUGGAAUGUCUUUGACUUUGUCACUGUGUUGGGAAGUAUUACUGAUAUUUUAGUAACAGAGAUUGCGGCACCAGGAGCAGCCCCAGAAGAGAUGUUUGCCCCUCUGCCAGGUCCCACGCAGCAGGGGCUUUGCUAGGCGUAUGGAG